GCGGCGACAUUGUUUAGUGUUUAUUUUGUUUUACGAUCGAUAGCUUCCUCUGCUCGGUCGGGGCGGCUGCUGAGCGGCGGAGUGGCGUGGACCUCAUGUAGAAAUGACAACAAUGGAAGGGGCCAGCGGGUCGAAUUUUGGAAUAGACACGAUUUUGUCCAGUGCCAGUUCGGGCAGCCCCGGCAUGAUGAAUGGAGAUUUCCGCCCGCUCGGCGAGGCCAGGACCGCGGAUUUUAGGAGUCAGGCCACUCCGUCCCCCUGUUCGGAGAUUGACACCGUAGGAACGGCGCCUUCUUCUCCCAUCUCGGUCACCAUGGAGCCCCCGGAGCCGCAUCUGGUCGCAGACGGGCCCCAGCAUCACCACCACCUCCACCACAGCCAGCAGCCGCCGCCCGCCGCGGCCCCCACGCAAAGUUUGCAGCCUUCGCCCCAACAGCAGCCGCCGCCGCCGCCACCGCCGCAGCAGCCACCGGCCCAGCAGCUGGGCUCGGCCGCCUCGGCCCCCAGGACUUCCACCUCUUCUUUUUUAAUUAAGGACAUCUUGGGCGACAGCAAACCUCUGGCGGCGUGUGCGCCCUACAGCACCAGCGUCUCCUCUCCCCACCACACCCCGAAGCAGGAGAGCAACGCAGCACACGAGAGCUUCAGGCCAAAGCUCGAGCAGGAGGACAGCAAAACCAAACUCGACAAGCGGGAAGAUUCCCAGGGCGACAUCAAAUGCCACGGAACAAAGGAGGAGGGAGACCGGGAGAUUACGAGUAGCCGAGAGAGUCCCCCUGUGAGAGCCAAAAAGCCUCGCAAAGCCAGGACAGCUUUCUCCGACCACCAACUCAACCAGCUGGAGCGUAGCUUUGAGCGGCAGAAGUACCUGAGCGUGCAGGACCGCAUGGACCUGGCGGCUGCGCUCAACCUCACAGACACCCAGGUCAAGACCUGGUACCAGAACCGCAGGACCAAAUGGAAGCGGCAGACCGCGGUGGGCCUGGAGCUGCUGGCCGAGGCGGGGAACUACUCGGCACUGCAGAGGAUGUUUCCGUCGCCUUAUUUCUACCACCCAAGCCUGCUGGGCAGCAUGGACAGCACUACGGCCGCGGCGGCCGCCGCCGCCAUGUACAGCAGCAUGUACCGGACUCCUCCUGCGCCCCACCCCCAGCUGCAGCGGCCCCUGGUGCCCCGCGUACUCAUCCACGGCCUGGGGCCCGGGGGACAGCCGGCCCUCAAUCCCUUGUCCAGCCCCAUCCCAGGCACCCCACAUCCCCGGUGA